CCGUCUCUGCAUCACCCACCUCAGGUUUCCCUUUUCCCCACCACCAUCACCCUCCCUCUCCCUCCACCACCACAAUACCACCACACCACUCCAUUCCUCCCAUCCCAUCCCACCACCUCAUCGCCUCGUCUCGUCUCGCCUCUCCUCUCCACCCUCCUCCACUUGUCUCCCCUCCGACUCGCCGCCUCUUCCUCCGCCGCCGCCGCCACAGAGUGAGGUUGCUGAACUUCUCAACCAGCAGCUAGAGUUUUUCAGUAUUAGAUGGGCUGUUCCUGUUUCUUCACUCGCUGAAUCUAACUUCCUUGAUUUGAUCGGAUGAAAGCAGCGACAUUUGCUUCUGAUUGUAGCUUUACUGUUGCCAUCUGAAUAAGAAGCCUUUCUCUUAAUUAAAAACUAAGAAAUGGAUCGCAAUGAUACUUCUGGAUUUGUCAGUGGGGGAUGCAAAAAGGCAAAGGAGCUGCUUAUAUUUCUGACUUCUUAGUUUCUUUGUGUAUUAUGUAACCCAGAAGCGCCACUGACUGUACUUUUCCCUUAAGAUUGGUCAAAUUUGAGUCUUAAUAUUCUCAGCCACCUGAAGCAGUUGAAUUACAACUUGGGCUCCCAGGAUUUACUGCAUAUCCUCAUCCACUAGAGGCAAUGGAUAAACAGCUUGGAUUCUUGGAAUUUACUGGCACGAAUCCAAGAAAUGCUGAAAAAUGGACCACCGUUAGUCCACCAGUCAGCCAACCAAUGGCUUGUUCUUCACAACUUGAUGUGCUUGCCCAAGAUAGCAUGCACAAUCCUUUGUCAAGAGGGAUCAAGCGGAAGUGGGUUGACUUGUCAUUGGGUUUAGGUAACUCCUCAAGCUCAUCAGACUCGAGCAAGCAGAGCAUGGGAACAUGCUGCACCAUGUCUUCAGCAAAGGACAGGGACGAUGGUUCAUCUGUUGAUUUGGACAUGAAUUUUCAGUUUAAUCUGUAUAAUGAAGGCACUUCAAAACUGGAUAGUUAUGAUUGUAAUGGCAAGAAAGUUUUGGAGAAGCCUGUGGAUCUCGAGUUAUCUUUGAAUUUUGGACCCUGUGAAUCUGCUGUGACGAAUGUGGACUUCUCUGCAGCAACCAAACAACAGGCCGUAUUUCUGCAAUCAUGCAAUAUGUCCUCAGUGCCUACAGUGGACGAAGGAUCAACAUCUGCUCGCUGGAAAUCUGGUGGUAAGCUACUUCCUUAUCUGUAUCAGUCCAGGAACAACACUGGUCAUUUUUCAAGUAAAGAGUUACCAGGUAGCUCCAACCAGUCUCAAGAUCUUGCCCCACUGCCAAAAAUGAUACAAACGCCACAAAGUCCAGUAACCAGUACUUCUGGUGUUGUCAGCUUUCAACAACGCUGCAACAGCACAAAAAUCUGUUCACAACCAGGAUGUGCAAAAGGUGCUAGAGGUUCUUCAGGGCGCUGCAUUGCACAUGGUGGGGGUAGAAGGUGCCAGAGAGAAGGUUGCAAGAAAGGAGCCGAGGGAAAAACUAUCUUCUGUAAAGCACAUGGAGGUGGCAGACGCUGCGAGCACCUUGGAUGCACAAAGAGCGCUGAAGGCCGCACAGAUUUCUGCAUAGCCCAUGGAGGUGGCCGCCGUUGUAGCCGUGAUGGGUGUAGAAAGGCAGCAAGAGGAAAAUCUGGCCUUUGUAUUAAGCAUGGUGGGGGGAAGAGAUGCCAAAAACUGAACUGCACAAAGAGUGCAGAGGGCCAAUCAGGCUUUUGCAUCGCUCAUGGUGGUGGCCGUCGCUGCAAACAUGAUGGUUGCACAAAGGGAGCUCAGGGCAGCACUAAUUUCUGCAAAGCUCAUGGAGGUGGGAAGAGAUGCACACAUCCGAAUUGCAGCAAGGGUGCUGAGGGAAGCACUGCUCUCUGCAAGGCCCAUGGAGGAGGGAAACGCUGUUCAGCUGAAGGGUGCCCUAAGAGUGUCCAUGGUGGCACUGAGUUCUGCGUUGCCCAUGGAGGCGGAAAGCGAUGUGUGGUACCAGGAUGCACCAAGAGUGCAAGGGGACGGACUGACUGCUGUGUCCGUCAUGGCGGUGGUAAGCGGUGCCAGUUUACCGGCUGCAGCAAGAGUGCACAGGGGAGUACAGACUUUUGCAAGGCACAUGGGGGAGGUAAACGCUGCUUAUGGGGCCAAUCAGGGUCUGGCCUUGGAGACGGCAGCGGUACUUGUGAGCGCUUUGCAAGGGGUAAGAAAGGCCUGUGCGUUGCACACAAUGCGCUGGUGGAAGAUAGUCGAGUCCGUGGUGGUCAGACAGUUGGAACUAUUGCCCUGCCUGGUUCUACUGGUGCUGAUUCUGAUGUUAGUCAUGGGACCCUUCCUGGAAACUCUUUCAACUUUGGUGAGACAUUUGCCGCUAACACCAAGCAGGCUCUUCAUCAUGUUCAAUCACCUGUUCCAGAAGGCAGGGUGCAUGGUGGCAACAUUGCGGCUAUGCUUGCUAACAGUAUGGAUUAUCAGAAGCAAUUGAACUUUAGCACCGGGGCUAGCACCUCUGAUCGCAACUGGCUGUAAUACAGUUCAUGCAUUAAAAACACCAACCAUUCCCUUCGCUGGGCCCUGUUUCAUUUCAACUGGCAAGUAACUUAUAUGUUCCUACCGUGCUGUGUAUUUAGGAACUGUGGAUCCUGAUGAUUUAGUGGUGCUGUGUUAAUAGGGGGCUUCUAGUGCUUCGUUUGUAGCCAUCUUGUGUCAUAAAUAAAAGGGGAAAGUAGUGUAAUUUAUAUUAGUGCGCAAUUGUAAAAUUCUAAUGUUUGUUGAAGAUGUAACAUAUCUUCGAAACUCAUGUUGAGUGUUUGUGAUUGCAAUAUUAGCAUUAUGGUUGGUACAUUGGCUCC